UUUCCUGUAUCAAGAUUCUCCCACUGUGUCAUAAUGGUAUUUCAGUCUGACCUCUGUGACCAUUACUGGGCACCAUUUGCAACUUCUGUCACCACAACAACGGUAUCUGCCAUUUUAAGCAUCAUAACUGUACCCGGUAACCUACUUAUUUGCUGGGCCGUUCUGUGGAACCCGACGAAAAACCUCAAAACUCCCUUUAACUACUUGGUGCUCAACCUCGCCAUUGCAGAUCUGCUUGUUGGAACUGUAACUGAGCCUGUAUUUGUCGGAUAUCACGCAAGCGAGGCUCUGAAACGCCCUGUCCUUGGUCUUAGAUGGGUGGUGUAUGUAUCAUAUUUUAUGAGCUCAACUGCAUCAGUUUUAAGUAUACUGGCUCUAGCUGUCAACAGAUACAAAGUGGCAACAUCAAACCGCAUCGUACGAGGAAAGGCUUCCAGUACAAUCGUAACGUCAGUUGUUUUGUGGAUGUGUUCCCUUAGUCUUCCAUUACUAUACCUGGCAGUGGGAUUCUAUCUUCUAGCUUUCAUAUUUGCCAAUACAGCGGUCGUGAUUAGCAUCUUUGUUCUACUAUUUGUGAACUUCAGUAUCUAUCGGAGUAUUCGUCAACAUGAAAAGAACACUGAACAUAUUAGAAGCAACCGUGAUCGGCAAAAAUAUCUUAAACGUGAACAGAAGAUAACGAUGUCCUUUCUGUUUAUUAUCGUGUCAUUUUUAGCCUGUGGCGUGCCUUCGCUUGUGAUGGUCUACAUAAUUAACCUGUGUAACUCAUGUAGCUGUGUUCUUAUCCAUUGGUUUAGAGAUCUGCAGUAUUUGUUCCUGCUGCUCAAUUCCGCUACAAAUCAGUUUCUAUAUGCUUGGCGAAUGCGUUCAUUCCAAACAGCAUUUUUAACAAUUCCCUUUAUUAGGUGGGCAGGUAGAAAAUUGGCUGGAAACAAAAUUGAUCAAGUGACCGCAACUCACACAAACAGCGUGAUGGACGAAUCUACGAACAAGCAGGUCGGGAGAGAAGGAAACUUAUCGGCUCACGGCGAAAAAGAGUCGCAAAUCACGGAUCUUCCUCAGCGAAAUUCCAUUUUCUCAAAGCAUGAAGAUUAAGCAAGAACUUAAUAUUACAUCGUGCUGAGGUACUUAGCGAGGAAUACCAUAGAAGAAGCGCAAGGGGAAUCGAAAAAACAAGUAUUAGCUCAGUUUAAUGCAAAAGCAAAGGCCAAAUUUUCUGGUUUCGGCUUUAAUGGACGCGAUUUCAUCGACUUUCUUCAUGAAACUGUCAACGAGAAAUACAGACCUUCAUUUUUGAUCUUCCGAAGGCAUCGGGACUUAAAAUAGAGUCUAAUAAGUGGUGAAAUGACUAAUUUAUUUAUACCACU